CAGGGAGCAGCGGAGAGGGGCAGGACAGGGAGUCCUUGGGGUGUUCUGGGGUAUCCUGGAUGGGAUCCAUCCUCCUCUUUAUCUCAUGUCCCAGCACCACUGGCUCUCCAGCUUGUCCUGACAUCACAGGGGGAGCCCAGGCUGUGGGUUCAGGGACCAAAUUCCCUGUUUCCAGCCCCAUUUCCAGCAGCUGGAAGCUCAGACUCAGCUGGGAAAGGAAGAGGCCUGAGUUGUGUGGGGUUUUGGGGAUCAGAUCGGGGCAUCCCACAGUGAGCCUGGGCCAGGCACCUUCAUGUCCUGGAAACAGGGACCGAGGCCUGUGUUUGGAGGGCACCAGGCUCAUUUGGCUAGUUUUAGGAUCCUGUAAUAAAUAAAUAAAUCAGGCUUUUUUUUUGGCUCAGAAAUGAGGCAAGUCCACGUUGUUGGCACUUGGAGUAGGCACCGGGCAGCCUCAGGGCUGUGAAACAGACUCCAGCCCUGUCUGGGGAGUGCGAAUGGAAGCUCAUCCAGGCACUUGAGGGCUUUGGUCAGAGAGCCCAAAUCCUGAGUUUUGGGGGUCGGGGCGGACCCCAGGCUGUGAGACACGGUGGGACCUGGGCAUGGAGUGAGGCAGUCCCAGGUCCGGAGCGGAACCGGGAACAUUUGUGCCUCUGGAGUCGCUCCCCUCCUUUCCCCUCCAUGCCCCUCUAUCACCCAGAUGCUCUUUGCAAGGGAAAAAUAGAAAUUAUGCCACGGACAAAAGCAUUGACAGCAGAACUGGACAGAGCUGGGCAGUGUGAGCAGCCCGUGGAAGUCAAACCGGUGACCAUCCAGGGGGAUUUUAAAUCGGAUACUGCAGGUUUCAUCUCGCAGGAACUCCAGUUUUUUUGGCACCUCUUGCUUAUAUGCUUCCCUGUUGGAAGAGGUCAAUUAGUCUUUUUAAUGACCAGAUUAGCCAGCACAGGGUAAAACAGCCAGCAUUUCCUGAACACCUCCAUCACUUCCACAUCCAUCUGCACCCAGGGGCCGAUGGAGAGCAGCUCAUCCUGAACAGGCUCCGAGGUGGGACUGGAUGACCCUUGAGGUCCAAACCAAACCGUUCUGGGGUUCCAUGGACGCUUCCAUGAGCUCUCCCGGCCUUUAUUUCGCAUCGUGUCCUUCCUUCUGCUCCCAGCAGAUGGUGCCGCCGGCCUUUAGAAGGGAUGGAAGUGUCCUGGGACAGGGAGCCGCUUUUAAAACGAAAAGGAAAAUAUUCUGCAGGAAAUCCGUGAUGAAGAUUCCAUGCUGACGUUCCACGGGGGAAGCAGAAAGCGAUUCCCUGCAAAAUUCCCUGCGUUGUGGUUACGUUGUUGCUUCCACGAGUAACACCUCUCCAUCUGAAGCUCUUUGGAUUCCCAAGUGAACUCGCCACCUUUUGGGCUUCCAGGCAGAGGGAAUGUGAACGUGGGGAAGUGAUGGGGAGCAGGGAACUGCAGCAGGGUGUGUGUGUGUGUGCAGGGAGAGCUGGGGUAGGAAUUCCAGACAAAAUCCUCUUAGCUGGAUGCAGGGCCUUCAGGAUGCUCUCUUGGUCAGAAGUUUCUCUAUCUGUGGCUUUUUUCUGCAUCCAGCUCCGGGCCCCCAGUCCUGGAUUCUGGAAUUCCAUUCUGCUGCGUCACACAGGGCAAAAUUGCCCUCGCUGCAAUGUCUGUGUGUGGCUGGAGCUUCUCAGCCUCCACUUACAGCACGUGAUGAUUCCAUAUGGUUCCACGCUGAGUUAUGCUGGAAAAGAAUUUUAUGGUUUAGAUUCAUAUUGGGAUAAUUGUUUGUUCUCUGGAAUUUACAUGAUUUGUUAAAGGAUUGAUUUUUAAAACUAUGCCAGGAAUUAAAAGGGGAGUGUAAAAAAUAGAGAAUUUAUUCUUAUUGAAGAAUGGUUUCCUACAUCCAUGAAAUCAUUAAUUGGAAGCCUGUUCUCCCAGAAGCUCUCCUUGGGAUGCUGUUUUUCUUUCCAGGACCUCCUUGUGCUGCCCGGGGUGGGCACGGAGCAGUUUGGGGACACUGGGGGUGGCAGCAGGUGCUCCUGAGCCUCUGCCUUUGGGAUUCCUGCCCCCGUGUUGCAGGAGAGCCAAUCCACCUGGGCUGGCAGCUGGAGCACUCUGCAGAGCUCCAGGAUUGGGAAAAGAAGAUCCAGGGGCUGUUUGUUUGUUUUUAUCUCAGUGACCAAGACGAGUUCACAUCAUUUUAAUUUGCUCUUUUAUCAGUAGCAGAUAACUCCAGUAGGAGGGAAGUGUCUGGAGCUUGAAGUAGCCUUUAAAUCCAAGCCACACUGCUAAGUCUAAAAUGCAGUGAGAUCGGUUUGGGGUGUUCUGUUGGGAAAAGGGAUGUAAAAAAGUGUAACUCUGAGCAUUUCCUGAGGCUGGCAGGUAAGAUGGCACCUUAUCCCAAAAGAAUGGACCUGUGCUGCUGGGUUUUUUUUUUCCCAAAAGAAAAUCCUAGCAAGGAAAACUUACUUGCAGUCCUUGCUGUGUGUUGCAGCUGUCAUUUACUGAGCAGAAUUGGCUUCAGCUGGAGUCAAACCAGGAGGUUUCCGAGGUAACCUCCCAGCAUGUCAAAUUCCUGACAUCAAUCAGAGGUGCCUAUCCAGGUAAGGCUUAGGAUUUGGUGUUAAUUCAAAUCGAGUCACCGAGGCAGCAGCAAAUGGAAAUUCAAGAGCACCAAAAGGAUUCAAAUCCUCAGAGCAGGUCACAGGGGAAAAAAAACCAAAUUAAUUAAUGAGUACCUAAAGUCCCUGUGUGGACGUGGAUGGUGAUGUAAAAGGGAAGAGUCAGAAGGUACAGGGAGAGUUCAGCCCUUCCACAGCCAUCAUCCUUCUGGAGAGGUGACACUGGUGUCACCUUCACAGCCAGUUCUUCUCCUCUGCAGUUAUUUAAGACUCGAGGUGUUUCCUCUGGGCAAAUCCAGCAUGGGGCUGUGCUGGAGUGCUCAGGAUCCAAUCCUACAGGAGCUCAGCUCUUCUGCCCUUGGGCCAGGCAGGCUGCUCUGCCCAAUUUCCAGCGAGGCACAAUCCAAUAUUCUGCAUCCCAGGAGCUUGGGUGGGGGGUUAAAAUGCUGUUUAUUGUGACAGGCUCAUGAUGUGCCCAGGCUGUGGGCUGUCUGUGUCUCACAGAGGGCACUGGCACUUCCUGUGCUAAAAGAGAUGGAAAUCAAACAAUUAUGUGGCUCUUGCUGGUGCAAAGAACCCUUGUGAUGUGCUCUGCGCGCUGGGAUUGGUUUGGUUUUUCCUGGCUUUCACCUGGCAGUGAUGACAGGAUCCUCUGUGCCCCCCAUUUUUUGGGGUGGAACAUAAACUGGAAAAAAGCUGUGGCCAGUCCAGAUAUUUCCUGGGGUCCCUGCCCAGUUUCCAGUGAUGGAACUGCUACUUGGAAACUGGAUCCUGGGAGGACUUGAGUAAUUUCCUACUGGAAGCUUUUAAAACAGGGACUUGCUUCCAAGGUAAGGCAGCUGAAAUCUUAUUGCUUGCCAGGCUUCUCAAUAAAGUGGUGGCAUAAAUGUGCCUGGGUGUGGAAAUCUUACUUUAACCUGAUCUCAGGGAGCAGUUGGCUGAGGUUUUAGUUAAGAUUUAAAACAGCCUCUGACACAUCAAAUAAAAAAAAUGUACAUUUAGAAGCUUAAAGGUUGACUGAGCACAAAGUAAAAAAAAAAAUGUAAUGACAAGGAAUAGGUAACAGCCUUGGCUCUCAUGAAGUAGGGUGGAAAUUAUAUAUAAAUAUUCCUAUAUAUAUAUAAAUACAGAGCCAUAACCAACUUGCUGUGAAUGCCUCACCUUCCAUUUGCAUCUCCUGAUUUACAUUUACAAUUUGGCUUUGGGGUGAAAUGUUUUUUAUUCCCAGCUCCAGUGGAUGAGUAAUCUGCAGCUGAGUCUGGUGUUUAUUACAUCCAUCCCGCUGAUAGCCUUGCUCUCCACCAUUUGAAGUUUGAGAUCUUUUUAAAAGAAAUAGCCACAAACUAUUUUCUUUGGCCCCAGCUCAGGCUAUGCAGAUGAAUGGCUCUGAGGGGAGGAUAAGCAGUUUAGGCUCAUGGAGAGGAGAUGGGUGUGCAGCUCUGAGAUUGGCACAACUCCCUGGGAUUGCCCAUUUCAAAAUGAGAAAUUUGCUUCUCAAGGCGCACUUGUUUUUCCUUAUGAAAGUAAAUGUCAGUAAGAAAAAAAAAUUAUUGGAGUGCAACUGGCUGUUUUUGGGGUGUGUUUUCUUCCACAGCUCCUUUCUCCCAGCUGAAAACCUGCUGGGAUAUUUUGGCUUGUUUGGAGAUGAACCACUCUGAGGUAUGCCAUAUAAAACAUCAUGGAAAUAUUGAUGGAUGAAGAAGUUAAACACUUGAAGAGCUCCUGUGAAAACACCAGGCACUGGCUUAAUUUCUCCUUCCAGCCAAUCCUCCUCCCCCUCAGCUUCAGGAUAAUAGAAAUCCGUGGAGCUUUUCCAUUUCCUGUCAUCUGCAGCGUUGGUGCAGCCACUUCCCUACGCCUGCCACAGCCACAAUUUCAUUAGUGCAACUGGGAUGAGACUCAGCUUCAGUUUUGCCUCAAGGCUGUUUACAACUUCUUGUUCACCAAGCUACGGACAAAAACUAUUCCAGGGAUCAUUACUGAGGAGAUUAGCAGAUGCUGCCUCGCAACACAGUGUCAGAAGCAGAGAGAAAACACAAAGGCACAAGGAGGAGGAGGAGGAUGGACUCAAACUCUUGGUGGGCUUGGCCUCACUUGGAUUUGCUGAGCCACAACGGGACGUACACGUACCUGUACUUGGAAGGAAACGUCUCCUACGUGGGCUUCUACCUCCACCAGCCUUGGGUGGCUGCUGUCUUCAUCACCUCCUUCCUCCUCAUCUUCCUCCUCUGCACGGUGGGCAACGGGGGCGUUUGUUUCAUCGUCCUGUGGAGCAAGCACGUGCGCAGGGUCACCAACCUGUUCAUCCUCAACCGUGACUUGCUGGUGGGGCUCUUCUGCGUGCCCACCACCCUCCUGGACAACAUCAUUGCAGGGUGGCCCUUUGGGAGCCUGGUGUGCAAGAUGAGCGGGAUGGUGCAAGGCAUCUGUGUUUCUGAAGCCUUCCUUACACGGCUUCUCCGCUGCCCGUGCCGCAGGUUCCGGUGCAUCGUGCAUCCCUUCAAGCACAAUGGCUUCUUCCACCUGGCUUCCAUCCUUCCCAUCUGGCUGCUGGCCGUGGCCACCACGCGUCCCUCGGCCGUGCUGCUGCGGGUGCGGGAGGAGAAGCGUUUCUUCUGGUGCCGGGAGGAGCGGCCGGAGCCGGCCAUGAGGAGGAUCUACACCACGGUUCUCUUUGCCAACAUCUACCUGGCUCCGCUGUCGCUCAUCGUGCUCGCGUACGCCGGGAUCGGCCUGUCCCUCUCCCUAUCCUCCAUCUAUCCCUUGGCUCACCGGCUGGCCUUCUUCAACAGCAGCGCCAACGCCCUCAUCUACGGCUUCUGCAAGGAGAAAUUCCGCCGCGGCUUCCGGGCCGUGCUCGGGCUCCGGCUCUGCUCCAUGCCGGCCUGCUCCCAGCCAUUCCCAGGCAAUGCCGUCCUGCCCGCUGCGCCAGGAUCCCGCUCCCCAGGAGGCAGAGAGAGGGAACUGGGUGAAUAA